AAUACUUGACUGGCCCCUGGUUUUCAGUUUUACUUUCUUUCCAAACCACUCUCUCUUUCUCUCUCCCUAUUUCACUUUCACUUCUCAUUCAUUCCUCUUCCUCUGCUUCUUCCAUAUCAAACAUGCAAUAUUAAAUAUCAUUUUCCAUUCUGUGCUUCUGCUAUUUCUCUUCUCCUUCCCUCCAAUGCCCCCUUUUCAUUUCUCUACACUCUCCCCUUAAACCCUCUCAGAAUCUCACCCCUCUUACACACCCUCCCCUGUUUUCCUCUGUUUCCUCUGUUCUACUUCUUCAGGAUUCAGAGGUUUUUGUUCCUCUGCAUUUUUUCACAGUUUUCUUCCGUACCCAUUUCCCAUAAUCCCAUUCUGUCCUCGAACGUGUCAGUAGUUCUGAGAUCAUACUCAUUUUUCUACCAAAGUUCUCCUUUUUUGUUCUGGGGGGUGCGUGUCCUGCAUUCGGGUGGGGUUAAAAUGGGGAUUGGGAGGAACUCGUCUGAAAGUAAAGGGAGAGAGUUGCGUGAAUUGCGUGAAGACACAAACACGAACAACAACAACAACAACAAAUCGAGGAAGAACCGGAAACAACGUCAGAGGAAGAUGUCGGCGGGGCAGAAACUGUUUCAGACGUGUAAAGAAGUGUUUGCUUCUUCUCGCCCUUGGCACGUCCCUUCUCCUCAACACAUUGAUAUGCUUCGCUCUGUCUUAGGUGGAAUAAAACAAGAAGACGUUGGCUUGAAACCUGACAUGCCAUAUUUCACUACAAACAAUCCUCGAAAAAUCCCAAAAAUUACAUACCUGCACAUUUAUGAGUGUCAACAAUUCUCGAUGGGAAUAUUUUGCUUGCCACCUUCUGGAGUUAUUCCUCUUCACAAUCACCCUGGAAUGACGGUUUUUAGUAAGCUUCUUUUUGGAACCAUGCACAUCAAAUCUUAUGAUUGGGUCGUUGACUCGCCUCCUCAUAUGUCAACCAUUGUGAAACCAUCAGAAACAAAGACUCCUGAUAUGAGGUUGGCAAAAGUUAAGGUUGAUGCUGAUUUCGAUGGUCCUUGUGACCCCUCCAUCCUUUAUCCUGCUGAUGGUGGAAACUUGCAUUGCUUCACGGCAGUGACAGCUUGUGCAGUUCUAGAUGUGCUUGGUCCUCCAUACUCUGAUCCUGAUGGCAGGGACUGCACAUACUACCAUAAUUUCCCUUUCUCCAACUCUUCAGAUGAAAUAUCCAUGGCAGAGGAGGAAAGAACAUCAUAUGAAUGGCUUCAAGAGAAGGAGAAACCCGAGAAAUUUCGAGUACUUGUAAAGAUGUACAGCGGGCCUAAGAUUGUGGAGUACUAAGGUUGUCGUGUCACCCAACAUCUUCCUGAUCUGUUGCUGCGGUCAAAUGUUUCUGUGGACCAUUUGUUCAUCAUUGAUCAUUCUAUAUCCCAUCUGAUACCACCCCUUUGUCCUCUACUGAAAUUUGAUCCAUCUGAGUCUUUGUACCUUUUUAGGGAACAUGAGGCACUUAAUUAAUUGGUGCUCUGUGUACAUACCAAAACAGGAAAGAACAAUUGUGAUGCUUUCGUACACCGGAAAGUAUGAUGAAAAUGAUCAAGGUGCAUACUGCAUAGCAAUGAGAUGGUUUUCUAAGGUGCUUUUUGUAGCAGAAAAAAGUUAUUUAUUUUAAAACAUAAAAAGAAAAUUAGUUUUUAAGUUUUCAA